CAAACUAACAGUGGUUCUGUGCUAUUCUCAAUGAAGGACUCCAUUUGUGGAACAAACAACAAAACAAAAACCCUUAUAUAAACCUUUAGUUCCUUCUUUAUCUUUUAUUCUGAUACGCACCUCUCUUCUUCAAAAUAAUAUUCGUCUUUGGUUCUUCACAAAAAGAGUCCGGUUUUCUUGUUGAUAUUUUGUCUCGAGAUACCUAUUUUAAAACUGACAAAAAAUCAGUAAUGUCGUUUCUUGUUUCUCUUUGCCAAGUUAUAGCAUUAUUGUUCUUGUUCUUCACCGAGAUACUGUGUCUUGCCGGUAGUAAGAACAUUCCGGCGAAUUUUGUCUUCGGAGAUUCGUUGGUAGACGCCGGAAACAACAACUACUUAGCCACAUUGUCUAAAGCUAAUUAUGAUCCUAAUGGGAUCGAUUUUGGAUCGCCAACUGGGAGAUUCACCAAUGGAAAAACAAUCGUUGACUUCGUAUAUCAAGCAUUGGGGUCAGAUGAAUUAACUCCACCGUACUUAGCACCAACAACAAGAGGAUCCCUCAUUCUCAACGGUGUCAAUUAUGCUUCCGGCGGAAGUGGAAUCCUCAAUUCCACGGGGAAGUUAUUUGGAGAACGUGUAAAUGUGGAUGCACAAUUAGACAAUUUUGCAACCACGAGACAAGACAUAAUUUCUUGGAUUGGUGAAUUCGAUGCGGCUAAAUUAGUCCGGUCUGCAAUUUUCUCGGUUACGACCGGUUCUAAUGAUCUAAUCAACAAUUAUUUCACUCCCGUCGUAUCAAGCGUUCAACGUAAAGUCGUAUCUCCAGAAGUCUUCGUUGAUACAAUGAUAUCAAGAUUCCGAUUACAACUCACCAGAUUGUACCAGUUGGGUGCGAGGAAAAUCGUGGUGAUUAAUAUUGGUCCGGUUGGUUGCAUGCCGUUCUCGAGAGAGUCAUCUGAUCCAACGGCUGGAAAUGAAUGUUCAGUUGAACCUAAUGAAAUGGCACAAAUGUAUAAUCUCAAGCUUAAAACCCUCGUUGAGGAUUUAAACAAGAAUCUACAAGGCUCAAGAUUCGUCUAUGCUGAUGUUUUUCGCAUUGUUUAUGAUAUUCUCCAAAAUUAUUCAUCUUACGGUUUUGAGAGUGAGAAGAUUCCGUGUUGUUUGUUACUUGGGAAAGUAGGUGGGCUGAUUCCAUGUGGCCCGACUUCAAAAGUGUGUAUGGACCGUUCCAAAUACGUUUUUUGGGAUCCUUACCAUCCUUCGGAAGCUGCUAACAUCAUCAUUGCCCGGCGUCUCCUCUCCGGAGACACCUCCGAUAUUUUUCCGAUCAAUAUUCGGCAACUUGCUAACCUCAAGAUAAACGCGUGAACCGUGGGAAAAAAACUCAUCUAUAUAGGGUUGUGCUGGUUUGGCGAUUGGCGUUUGCAUUUUAAUAUAGUUACUUUUAUUUCUAUGACACAUUGAUAUGCUCCUUAUUGUCAUUUUUUUUCGUAUGUAAUGUUUGGUGUUGCUAGCUUUAGAAUGUUGAGACAUUAGAUUUUUUAUAUCUAAGACGUACUACAAAUGAUUUAAUUUCUA